CGCUGUACAUGGCGGCCUCCUGUUUUCUAAAUAAAGUCUAGGCUCGGAAAGGUUUACAGGAGCCGAUUUCGGGUUUUGGAGGACAACUAUUUUUUACAGAUAUCAGUAUGUCUCCGAAAAUCACGGUGGAGCUGCUUAGGAAGCUGAGGCAGACCAUGAAGAAUGGGAAACACUUUGCCGAGCCCAUCCACGCUUACAUCAUCCCCUCAGGAGACGCACAUCAGAGUGAAUAUAUCGCUCCCUGUGACUGUAGGCGCGAGUUCAUCUGUGGAUUCAACGGUUCAGCAGGUACUGCCAUAGUGACCGAGCACCAUGCUGCCAUGUGGACAGACGGCCGCUACUUCCUUCAGGCCAGCCAGCAGAUGGAUAACAACUGGAAUCUGAUGAAGAUGGGUCUAAAGGAGACACCGUCACAGGAGGACUGGCUCAUCAACGUGCUGCCAGAAAACUCCAGAGUGGGAGUCGACCCCUGGAUCAUCGCUGCUGAUCAGUGGAAGAUCAUGGCUAAAGCUCUGAGCAGAGCUGGACACACGCUGGUUCCUCUUCAGGAAAAUCUGAUCGAUGCCGUCUGGGAGGAUCGUCCUGCCCGACCCAGCACUCAGCUCAACGUUCUGGGGCUCAGAUAUACUGGCCUGAGCUGGCAGGAUAAGAUUGUACAGCUGAGGGUGAAGAUGGCAGAGAGGAGAGUCUCCUGGUUCGUGGUGACCGCCCUGGACGAGAUCGCAUGGCUUUUUAACCUGCGUGGCUCAGAUAUCGAGUACAAUCCUGUGUUCUUUGCGUACGCCAUCAUCGGAACCAACAGCAUACGGUUGUUCAUGGAAGAGAAGCGUGCUCAGGACCCGGCGGUCCGGCAGCACCUGGAGCUGGACGUCCCCUGUAAGCCGGAGCUGAGCGUGCAGUGUUUACCCUACGAGAGCGUGUACUCAGAACUGCAGACCGUCUGUGCAGGACUCGCACCCAAGGACAAGGUGUGGAUCAGCGACAAGGCCAGCUGUGCCCUCACCCAGGCCGUCCCUAAGAUCCACAGAGCUCCGAUCCCAUACACACCGUUGUGCCUGGCUAAAGCAGUAAAGAACCCCACAGAGAUACAGUGCAUGAAGAUGGCACACAUCAAAGACGCCGUGGCCCUGUGUGAGCUCUUCGCCUGGCUGGAGAAAGAGAUUCCGGACGGUACCGUGACCGAGAUAUCGGCCGCUGAUAAGGCAGAGGAGUUUCGCAGUCAGCAGAAAGACUUUGUGGGUCUCAGUUUUCCCACCAUCUCGAGUGUGGGGCCAAACGGCGCCAUCAUUCAUUACAGGCCUCUUCCUGAGACCAACAGGACCCUGUCUCAUAAUGAACUUUACCUGAUCGACUCGGGAGCUCAGUACAUGGACGGCACGACGGACGUGACUCGUACGGUUCACUUCGGAACGCCAACAGACUAUGAGAAGGAAUGCUUUACAUACGUUCUGAAGGGCCACAUCGCUGUCAGUGCUGCUGUUUUCCCCAAUGGAACGAAAGGUCACCUGCUGGACUCUUUCGCCCGGGCGGCUCUGUGGGACUCUGGGCUCGAUUACCUGCACGGUACGGGACACGGCGUGGGCUGUUUCCUCAACGUCCACGAAGGACCCUGCGGCAUCAGCUACAAAACCUUCGCCGACGAGCCCCUGGAGGCCGGGAUGAUCCUCAGUGAUGAGCCGGGAUAUUACGAGGACGGCUCAUUCGGGGUCCGGCUGGAAAACGUCGUGCUGGUGGUUCCUGCAAAGACUAAAUAUAACUACAGGAACAGAGGCAGCCUGACCUUCGAACCUCUCACACUCGUCCCUAUUCAGAUCAAGAUGAUAAAAACAGACCUGCUGACCCAGAAGGAGCGUGAUUGGCUGAACGAUUACCACAAGCAGUGCCGCGAUACGAUCGGUGCCGAGCUGGAGCGGCAGGGAAGAAAGGAGGCGCUGGAUUGGCUGAUCAGGGAGACCCAGCCGAUCUCCUAAAGACAUGUGAUUGAUUUUUUACCGACCCCCGGUCCUAAUUCUAAACACAAACACCCACUUUUUUCUGAUCCAAUAAACCACCCUGCGCGAAA